AUGUCAAGGCCUGUUGAGAGAAUAGCAGAGAUCAAUGAUGGAAAAGAGCUUUGGAAGAUUGUUGUUAGGAUUCACCACAGAUGGAAAGUUGUCUCCAACAACAAGGAACAUUUUGAAAUGAUCUUUGUUGACAAAUUGGGAGAUGAUAUUCAUGCUGUUGUUCCAGCACCGCAUGUGUCGGUGUUCACCGAAAAAUGCUUAUUAGGGCAUACUUAUGAUGUAUCUAAUUUUAAGGUGGUGCCUUAUGUUCUGGCCUUCAGGGCAUCGGGACACAAAUAUAUGAUAAAGUUUACUGCUGGAACGUCUAUUCUUGAUGAAGACAAACAUGAGAUACCCCCGAAAUCGAUUUUAUUUACAAGUUUUUCCGACAUCAUAACAGGGAGGUUUGACAAACAUGUUCUGAUUCAUGUCGUUGGAAUGGUGGAUAGUAUUGGUUAUACACAGACUGAGUCAGGUGCAAAGAAGCAGCAAAUUAGCAUGAUGUUGCGUGAUCACAGCAACAACAUGUUGAACUGUACUCUGUGGGAAACAUACGCGGAUCAGUUCAUCAAGUUUAACAAAGUUAGGGUUGCUGCAUCACUCCCUACAGUUGUGUUGCUUCAAUAUGCCAAAGUGAAGGAAGAAGGAAAGUAUCCUCUGUCUGUGACAAACACCUACAAUGUGACCCUUUUAUGUGUUGAUGCUGAUUUUCCGGUCAUGAAGGACUUUAUUGAUAGAAUGCCUGAGGAGAGCAGGGUAACCCUGUCUGAACAACUUGGAGGGAAUUCCCAAUAUUCCUCCCAAAGUUCUGAAAAUCAACAGCUCACUCCUGUGCAAAAAUUGUUCUCAAAGGCUGUUGUUUUGCCUAUUGCUGAGAUUAUUCAACUUACGGAUGUUACAUUUUGUGCUACUAUCGCUACAACAAAAUUAUUAGUAGCAUCCCCGUUUGGAUGGUACUAUCGUGCCUGUCAUAUAUGUUGUUUCUGUCAUGUUUAUGAUGUUUUUAUGUUGUCGGCUUUUUUAACGGAACGAUUUCUUAUGAUGUUCAGGUAUAAGAUUGAAAUUGAGGUUACUCACGGGGGCCAAAGCUGCAAUUUUGUCUUCUGGAACAGAGAAUGUGAAAUGCUGUUGGGUUUAUCUGCAUCGCAACUUCGUAACACUAUGAUUCAGGCUGGAAUUACUGAUCCAUUGGACUUUCCGUUAGCACUUGAUCAGUUGUUGAAGUUGGAAAUGGCUAUGAAGGUUAAGUGGCAUCCACGCUGGAAGAACUGUUCCGUCGUUAUGAUUAUAAAAAAUGAUCCUAUUAUCCAGCAACUUAAGGAAAAAUGGGGAACAGAUGAGGAACCUAUUCCAAUCCAAACUGUCGUACCUGAGACUCUGGAGAUUAAAGAGAGUGUUGAUGAGGCUAAAACAGAUGGCAAUGAAGACUGUGAAUUGGACCUGGAAAUUACAUCUGAGCACAAGCCUGAUGCUGUCACACCUGGUGGUAAGAGGCAUCUUCCUGCUGCAUCAAGUGAAUCCAUUGAUUUGGACGGAUUACAUGAUGGGGAACUGUCAUCAAACAAGCUGAAAAAGAUAAUUAAAAUGGAGAAGAUUGAUUAG